CCACCGGCCACUCCCACUGCAUCACUCGCGACGAACAAAAGUCAACCCUCUGGGCAGAGGGGUCCUGGGUACCAGCAGGGGCGUUAUGCACUCCCGGAGAGGGUCGGGCAGGGCCGAGGGGCUCCGAGGUCGCUUCACCCCCAGAUGCUGCGGCGCAGUGAGAGGAGCUACCAGUCCAAGACAGACAAAGGAGAAAGCAGGCCCACGCUGGGGCGGGGGCGGAGGCCGCGCUGGUGUUCAUGGGCUGCAGGUGUCCCGGCUGCCGUCAAGCACGACUUCCUUCUGGGGCCACCUGUCCUCCCCCAGGCCUCUGUGAGACGGAGCGCCGCCUGGGCAGUCGCUGGCCUCCAGGGUUGAGGAAAAAGACAGUGGUCUCACCAGGGGCAGUUGGCUGGAGGGACUCUGGCCAGUGGCCGAGUAGGAACCGCAAUCCGAGGUGGCGGAGCAGCCUGUGCCACCUCAGCCCUCCCACCUGCCUCACUGGAGCACCUGACGGCCUCUCCAUCUGCUCCAGUCCUCCAUCGUUCCCAUCCGGUGCCAGCUCUGCCCGCACCCCGGUCAGGCCGCGCUGGUGGCCCUCGCCUCGCCGCCCUCUCACCCUCCUUUCCUUCACCCUUCCCCCAUAUCCCCAUACCCGGACCCCCACCACAGCCCCAGACAAUGCGCACGCCCCCACCAUACUCCCGGGAGCCCCCACCCCUCUCCCGGUCGGCACGCCCGCUCUGAUUGGCCGCGGGCCCGUGGUCCAGCCCCCCGGACGGUCCCUAGGGCCUGGAGCAUUACGUCAGCCGGGCCUGGAGAGCGCCAGCGCGAAGGGGACUGGGGGGCUCGGGCUGGGGGCGCGGCCUGUGCCGACCGCCCCACCCUCCUUGCAUAAAAGCCGGAGCCCGCGGGGCCGGCGCUCUCAGCCCGUCGGUUCCCGAGCGCCUUCCCGGUGACCCCGCAGUGGGUGUGUGAGGGGAGGACGGACAGACCCACCAGACGCCGCCGGACCAGGAGGACGCUGACGAGGCACCAUGCGUGAGAUCGUGCACAUCCAGGCGGGCCAGUGCGGCAACCAGAUUGGCGCCAAGUUUUGGGAGGUCAUCAGUGAUGAGCAUGGGAUUGACCCCACUGGCAGUUACCAUGGAGACAGUGAUUUGCAGCUGGAGAGAAUCAAUGUUUACUACAAUGAAGCCACUGGUAACAAAUAUGUUCCUCGGGCCAUCCUCGUGGAUCUGGAGCCAGGCACGAUGGAUUCGGUUAGGUCUGGACCAUUCGGCCAGAUCUUUAGACCAGACAAUUUCGUGUUUGGCCAGAGUGGAGCCGGGAAUAACUGGGCCAAGGGCCACUACACAGAGGGAGCCGAGCUGGUCGACUCGGUCCUGGAUGUGGUGAGGAAGGAGUCAGAGAGCUGUGACUGUCUCCAGGGCUUCCAGCUGACCCACUCUCUGGGGGGCGGCACGGGGUCCGGGAUGGGCACCCUGCUCAUCAGCAAGAUCCGGGAAGAGUACCCAGACCGCAUCAUGAACACCUUCAGCGUCAUGCCCUCACCCAAGGUGUCAGACACGGUGGUGGAGCCCUACAACGCCACCCUCUCUGUCCACCAGCUGGUGGAAAACACCGAUGAAACCUACUGCAUUGACAACGAGGCCCUGUAUGACAUCUGCUUCCGCACCCUGAAGCUGACCACCCCCACCUACGGGGACCUCAACCACCUGGUGUCGGCCACCAUGAGCGGGGUCACCACCUGCCUGCGCUUCCCGGGCCAGCUGAACGCAGACCUGCGCAAGCUGGCGGUGAACAUGGUGCCCUUCCCCCGCCUGCACUUCUUCAUGCCCGGCUUCGCGCCCCUGACCAGCCGGGGCAGCCAGCAGUACCGGGCGCUCACGGUGCCCGAGCUCACCCAGCAGAUGUUCGACUCCAAGAACAUGAUGGCCGCCUGCGACCCGCGCCACGGCCGCUACCUGACGGUGGCCGCCAUCUUCCGGGGCCGCAUGUCCAUGAAGGAGGUGGACGAGCAGAUGCUCAACGUGCAGAACAAGAACAGCAGCUACUUCGUGGAGUGGAUCCCCAACAACGUGAAGACGGCCGUGUGCGACAUCCCGCCCCGCGGCCUGAAGAUGUCGGCCACCUUCAUCGGCAACAGCACGGCCAUCCAGGAGCUGUUCAAGCGCAUCUCGGAGCAGUUCACGGCCAUGUUCCGGCGCAAGGCCUUCCUGCACUGGUACACGGGCGAGGGCAUGGACGAGAUGGAGUUCACCGAGGCCGAGAGCAACAUGAACGACCUGGUGUCUGAGUACCAGCAGUACCAGGACGCCACGGCCGACGAACAGGGGGAGUUCGAGGAGGAGGAGGGCGAGGACGAGGCGUAGACGCCCCGCGAGACGGGUUAGGGAAAGCGGAGGAGGAAAGCGAGGGGGUGGGGGGCUUCCCGGGACGAUACCCUGGCAGUCGAAGGAAAGAAGCAUGGUCUACUUUAGGUGUGCGCUGGGUCUCUGGUGCUCUUCACUGUUGCCUGUCACUUUUUUUUCCUUUUUUGCAGUAUUGAUGACAUCAGUGUAACAUUUGAGAUAUUUCUGAAUUACUGUUGUAAUGGCUAAAAUCACAUAAACGUUUGUGUCGGAAUGGUGUCCUCUCUUCUUUCUCUUCCUUUUUAUUAACGAUUUAAAUGUAACUUUCUGAACACAUUGCAUUAAAUUCUUCCUUUAACAAAAAGCAAAGGUGUAGGUAAAAGCUCAAAUGAAUUUAUUCUUUGGGUAUGGUAAAAUUGAACCAAUCACAGUUAAGAUGAGAGAUCAACCUGAGUUUUAAAAUACCUUUAAUAAAUAUUAGUUGAAAAAAUGUCUACUUGAAAGCACA